AUGAAGAUCCAGUGUGACGUUUGCAAUACAGAAGAGGCAUCUGUUUUCUGUUCCGCGGAUGAAGCAGCUCUAUGCCAAGCAUGCGACCAUCGAGUUCAUCACGCAAACAAGCUUGCUAGCAAGCAUCAUCGUUUCUCUCUUCUACACCAUCCCCUGAAAGACUCCCCUUUCUGUGACAUUUGCCAGGAAAGGCGUGCACUGCUGUUUUGUCAGCAAGAUAGAGCCCUUCUUUGCAGGGAAUGUGAUAUUCCAGUACACAAAGCCAACCAACAUACCCAAAAGCAUGACAGGUUUCUUCUUACCGGAGUAAGGCUCUCAGCUUCUUCAUCCGCAAACCAAACUCCAUCAUCCUCAACUGUCUCGUACGCUGCUGGCAGCACAAGAACUGCUAAAACUGAAAGCAAGAGUGCUUCGAGUGUUAAUGAUCCACACAAUCUCAGGGCCAACUCAACUGCAAAGACUUCUAAAUCAACAUCAAAUCAUCUUAGUUUUGAGAUUGAGAGUCACUGGACGAACCAAGAAGGUUCUGUCGCUACCAGUAGUAUAUCAGAGUAUCUCACGGAGACAUUACCAGGAUGGCAUGUUGAAGAUUUUCUUGAUCCACCUUCAUCUUUUCCUUAUGGUUUGCAGCACUCUUGCUUUUUCUUUUUCCUUUUUCUUUUUUAUAAUAUCCUUUCUUGGUGGUGGAAUGGAGUGAUGCUGAUACAGGAAACAUGGCAGUACAGCCAUUAG